AACUUCCGGUCUCGCGAGUCAGCUGAUCAGUUUCAUUCCUGUCUGUUUGGUAGACUUUCCCACGUUAAAGUAUGUCUGGAAAAGAUCGACUCGCGAUUUUCCCUUCUCGGGGAGCACAAAUGUUGAUGAAGUCCCGUUUACAAGGGGCUCAGAAGGGACAUGGAUUGUUGAAGAAGAAAGCAGACGCGUUACAAAUGCGUUUCAGAUUAAUUCUAGGUAAAAUUAUCGAGACAAAAACUCUUAUGGGAGAAGUGAUGAAGGAGGCAGCUUUUUCAUUAGCCGAAGCCAAAUUUGCCACUGGAGACUUUAACCACGUGGUCCUCCAGAACGUGACGAAAGCACAAAUCAAAAUUCGGUCGAAGAAAGACAAUGUAGCAGGUGUUAAUCUUCCGGUAUUCGAGUCCUACCAGGAUGGCACGGAUUCUUAUGAGCUAGCUGGCUUAGCAAGGGGCGGUCAGCAAUUGGCGAAAUUGAAGAAGAAUUAUCAGAGAGCAAUUAAAUUAUUGGUGGAGUUAGCGUCCCUGCAAACGAGCUUUGUAACGUUGGACGAAGUGAUCAAGAUCACGAAUCGACGUGUAAACGCUAUUGAACACGUUAUCAUUCCAAGAAUCGAAAGAACUCUCGCUUACAUCAUCUCCGAGCUGGACGAAUUGGAAAGAGAGGAGUUCUACAGAUUAAAGAAGAUCCAGGAUAAGAAGAAGCAAGCCAAGGCUAAGCUCGAGUCAAUCAAAAAAGAGAUGAGAGCGUCUGGCAAACUCGUGGAAGCUGCAAACAUGCUCGACGAAGGAGACGACGAUCUACUGUUCUAAACAUUAUAAAUAACUUGUUUUGCACACUCUGAAGUAUUAAAAAUCGAAUGUUCCAAUUCCGAAUGAAUGUGCUUAAGAACGAAUGGAGUAUGGAAACAGAUUUAGUCCGUCAAGAAAAUCCUUAGGCAAUAUCGAUUUCCCAGUAUAACAGAACGUUGUAUUAUUGUAUGAUAAUUGAAAAUAUUUCUUUCGCUAGCCAUGGAUCACUAGCUUGAUGUUCGUUAAAGUUGUAUUAUGUUAAUAAUCGUGGCCUCCACGCAAAAAAUGCGCGAAGGCGACAACUUAACUAGUAAAAAUUUACGGAAAAUAAACAUGUACAUAUAUAUAUUUACUCUCA